UCCGACGACCUGUGCUGGCACACUUUGCCGGUGAGUUUCCAAGGACAACUGUGCCCCCUUUUCCCUCAUGUUCAGGACUGGGAGAAAACGUACAGUCAUGCUCAACCCUUAUAACUGUUGAACAGAUCCUCCUAUGAAAGCUUCCUGAACUUAAACAACAGAAGUCUUGGACCCCAACUUCCCAUAUCAUCUUCCGUCUGCGAACAACAAUGCCGUGCCGGGAUCACCGGUUGUGUUUUUAUAUCAGCGUCGAGGAGAUGUGAUGUUGAUUGUUCCCCAUAAGCGCGUGGGUCUACACCGCCCAACCGCUCACACGGUCUCUACGUCCUCUAUGAACCCUGAAUAUUUAUCCACAGCGGCUUUGGUCCCCGCUAGUGCACCACCGAAUCUAAGCAGAACACGAAAAGAGGCUGAAACGCCAUACGCUGCUGCUUCCCUUCACUCAAAGGCGUCGUCAAUAUCGAGCAAGUACUCGUUGGCGCCGGAUCCGUAUUCAUGGGGGAGCAACCUGAGUCCAUAUGUUACCGAACCAGAUGACUCCUUGCACAACCCCACAGUGAAAGGCGGUAGAAUCGUUGACGAUGAUGCCGAUCUGUCUCUCUCUUCUCGAGGCGUCGCUAAUGUCGGCUGCCUAUCCAUUCUUUGCUUGGGAAUUCUCGCGCUAUUUAUUGGUUAUCCUGUUGUAAAUUAUCGGGCGCAGUCCAUAACAAGACUCAGCGCUUUUGAUGCGCUAGGUGUUAAUGGUUCGGGUCAGGUACCUGUGAUGCCAGGGAAUCGGGGUCUUAUCGACGUAGAUACCCCAGCAUCGGCAAUGACAAAGCAGUCACGGAAAGAUCAAUCGGAAUGGCGCCUUGUCUUCUCAGAUGAGUUCAAUACAGAUGGCCGUACUUUCUACCCUGGAGACGAUCCUUAUUGGGAGGCGGUGGACCUUCACUACUGGGCUACGAAUAACAUGGAAUGGUACGAUCCGGCUGCAGUGACAACGGCCGGUGGUCACUUGGUUAUCACGCUUUCCCAGCAGGAAACGCACGAUUUGGACUAUCAAGGGGGACUGAUAUCAUCCUGGAACAAAUUCUGCUUUACAGGCGGGUACAUCGAAGCCGCUAUUCAGCUUCCUGGCGCCAACAACAUUGCUGGCCUGUGGCCUGCCGUUUGGACGAUGGGGAACCUAGGACGUGCUGGCUAUGGAGCAAGUCUCGAAGGAAUGUGGCCAUACAGCUACGAUGCCUGCGAUGUUGGUACAGCUCCUAAUCAAACGAUUGGUGGGAAGCCAGAGGCCGCAUUGACAAGCGGCCUUGAAGACGCAGGAUUCGAGUUGUCUUAUCUUCCUGGACAACGGCUGUCACGGUGUACAUGCCCAGGGGAGAGUCAUCCUGGACCCAUGCGCUCUGAUGGCUCGUUUGUAGGCCGUUCAGCGCCUGAGAUUGAUGUGUUCGAAGGCCAGAUUACUGGAGAACCCUUAUCCGGCCAAGUUUCCCAGUCUGGGCAGUGGGCACCCUUCAACGAAGGAUACGUCUGGGAUAACAGUUCGGAUAACUUGUUUAUCCAAGACCCUUCCAUCUCCGUUCAGAACACUUACUUGGGAGGGGUGACCCAGCAAGCAACCUCCAUCGUUACGAACACGGAUCAGGACUGCUACCAACUGGAGGCUGGAUGUUUUUCGGUAUAUGGAUUUGAGUAUAAACCUGGUUAUGAUGGGGCUUACAUCACUUGGGUUUCUAGUGAUAAAAUCGCCUGGUCAAUGAAUGCAGGCGCCGUUGGCGCCGAUAGUGCUACGGAAAUCUCUGCUCGACAAGUACCACAAGAACCAAUGUAUAUCAUGGCCAACCUUGGAAUGUCUACAAACUUCGGGGUUGUAGACUUGGAGCACUUACAGUUCCCUGCCGUCAUGCUCAUCGACUAUAUCAGGGUUUACCAGGACCCGAAUAACAUCAACAUUGGCUGUGAUCCGCCUGACUUUCCGACACAGACAUAUAUAAACACGUAAGUACUUUGGUUACCCCGUGCUACUACCAUAUGAAUCGCUGUCCCAUGUCUAGGUAUAUCGGGGCUUACUCGAAUCCUAACCUUACCACAUGGCGGGACGAUUAUAAUCAACCUUUCCCCAAGAAUUCCAAGGUUGAUGGUUGCUAGCUCUGACCACGAACGCGUAUUCACAGGCAGGACGAAGGCAGUAGUUGUAGUAGCU